AAAAGACGUUAGCCCCCAUAAUUUUGCAGUAAUGCUUGAGCAACAACCAUAUGAUAGAAGUGUCUUAUGACCAUCUUAUGACCCUUUUGUGUAAAGAUCAGGAGGUCUAAAGUCCAAGCUGUGGUUCUUACUGCUUGCCUUGCAUUUUGAAAUCAUCUCUGUCCAGUGCCUUAAGGUUACGUUAAGAUAAGAAGUUACUAAAGUUUAACUAACUUUGUUGAAAUUGCUCUUUUCUUCUGAGCAUGCUGCAAUUCUACCUUUGAGUGCACACGUACUAACCCUGAUAAGUCACAUUAACCAAUAACUAGUUAAGUACAGCCUACAAGAUAAGACGUCACAAUUAGGAACUGGUACUGCAGCCAAUAAACUUCUAGUACGUCAAGACUCUGUUGAAUGUAAGCUAUAAAAAUGUGAUUCCAGGCCGGACUCAUCGUCGGCCCUGAUUUGAGCUCUCUGCUCCUCGGUCGAACUGUUUGCAAACAAUAAACCUAGAUGGACCCAGCCUGUAUGUGUGACUCUUUCCUUGAGGGUAAUUGAACAAGCCUCCAGGGGAACGAAACUAGCCGUUUUGGCAACAAUUUGGCGAGCCAGGAAGGAGCCCUCUGGACUACUUCAGGGCACGACGAGAUCGGCAAAGGGGAGUCGUGAAGUGGCCACCGGACUGAUCUUGGAGUCCAUCAUGACCCCUGGGUCCGUGAGUCGGGCACCUGAAAGGUCAAAGGCACUCCUUUGAACAAGUCAUCCAGGCUGAGUGGGUCCGAAGAGACGGCGCCAGGGGUCCAGCAGAUCUGUUUUGUCUUCUCUACACAGGUUUGCUGCAUCCUUCCAGAGCCUUCCGCUUGAUGCACCAGCCCACAACUUCAAACCGGGUGACCAGGUCCUGGUACAGAAGUGGAAAAAAGAUCCUCUUGCGGAAAAGUGGGAAGGACCCUAUCAGGUGUUGCUGACUACGCACACGGCUGUCCGCUUAUCAAACAGCUACAAGUGGACCCACUAUUCAGGAGUGAAGCCUUUUCAUCUGGAGGACACCAACUCCCAGGGUGUGGUCACUCCGGAAGCUGACAAUACCCGGGAACAAGAAGCCGACAAGUGGACAAGUGAACCAGUAGGAGAUCUGAAGUUACGCUUACACAAAUGUGGACUCUAAUCUAUUUUUUUGGACUCAUGUCCCUUUUAGGUAUAGCAAACCCAAAAGGAUAUCACCCAGACUGUUGCAAAUGUCCCUUUGACAUAAAGCUUAAGCCCCUAAAUAAGACUAGCUAUGAGGCUUCAAAGUCUACUAUAAUCAAUGCCUCUAUGCAUACCCUCUCCAAAUGCUGCUUGAGUCGAGAAAUUAUAAUACCGUAUGCACUCCGUGCUGGUCCAACACCGGUAUGUAUACAGCCAGAACCAGAACUCUGGUCGGCAAUCCUCAGAGAUUGGCCUUCAAAUCCUCCCUUCGAGGUUGAGCCCCAGGGAAUCCGCAUAGGAGAUUAUUAUUACGCCAUGAAUAAAACUGUAAGACCUAAAGGUCCACCUGCAAACCCAUGGGUGGGAAAUGUAUGGGUGGCCCUUCUCAAAGAGUCAGCCCGCGCUCUAACUAACCACAGUUGUCUUCUGUGUGCACUUACUCCUGUUUCUAGUGAUGAGGGAGUCCCUUUCCUGCCUAUUCCCCUCAAUAGGACAGGCCUAAUCUCUGACUGGGGCUUUAAUCGUGAUUUUAAUCUCUCCUCACGAUUUAAUGGUUCUGGGAGACUCUUGGUAGCGAAGAUUAAAGGAUCUAUUUGUAUUUCCCAACAGGGAGGGGGAUUUAGGGUGGGACAGUCACGAUGCCAAGAGACAUGGAUAUCUAAGGAGGUUGCCCCUCGCCAAGGUGCUUGGACACAUGCAAACGCUUCAUAUGAUACGUUUGAAAGCCUCCCUUGUCUCCUGGGUGAGGAACAAAUUUUAGUUUGGGGCCACAAUUGCACUCAUUAUCAAAACGGUACGAAAAACUCUUUAAAAAGGGGUUCACUGACCUUGGCUUUAAUGUUUUCCCGUUCUAGCAUCGUAAAUGAAACCUGUGGGCUGUGGUGGAUUUGCGGGUGAUGGGCAUAUAGGCAGCUUCCCCCCAGUUGGGCUGGGACCUGUUAUCUAGGGGCUUUGAUUCCUGGCAUUUGGCUAGUGCAGCCAACACCUCAUGAUACUCAAACCAUCCACCCUGGGCUUUAUCGUGCUAAGCAUGGUACUGAUACCUCCCUUGAAAAGAUAGCCGCAGGAGGGAGUCAACGGUGGGGCGAUAAUGAAUGGCCAGCCAAAAGAAUCAUUCAAUAUUAUGACCCGGCAACUUCGGAACCAGUUGUGGUUGGAAGGGAGCCCACCUAUCUGACUAACCGCAUUAUCAGACUCCAGGCCAUAGUAGAGAUAGUCACUAACAAGACUGCCACAGCCCUCCGCUUAAUUGGAAGUCAACUCACCCAGAUACGCACCACGGUGCUGCAGAAUCGUUUAGCUCUUGACUAUUUACUUGCCAGCGAAGGAGGGGUGUGUAAAAAGUUAAACCUGUCCAAUUGUUGUGUUGAAAUUGAUGAUAAUGGUGAAUUGAUAAAAGACCUAGCAAAUGAUAUGGAGAAGGUAGCACAUGUUCCAGUCCAGACAUGGAACGGAUGGAACCUUGACUGGUUCACAUCCUGGCUUCCCCAGACUGGCUGGAUAAAGGGAGUGUUGAUGGCCUUAUGCUUGUUAGUAUCAAUCCUUUCCUUGCUUCCCUGUAUGCUACCAUGCAUCAUGACCCUUCUGAGACGGACUGUUCGAUCAGUUGUUAACCGUGAAAUGUUUGUACACUAUCAGAAAUUGGCUAUCGCAGACACUUAUUAAAAAUUUAGAGUAAGAAAGCAUCUGAGGGGGGGAGUUGUAGUAAAAAGACGUUAGCCCCCAUAAUUUUGCAGUAAUGCUUGAGCAACAACCAUAUGAUAGAAGUGUCUUAUGACCAUCUUAUGACCCUUUUGUGUAAAGAUCAGGAGAUCUAAAGUCCAAGCUGUGGUUCUUACUGCUUGCCUUGCAUUUUGAAAUCAUCUCUGUCCAGUGCCUUAAGGUUACGUUAAGAUAAGAAGUUACUAAAGUUUAACUAACUUUGUUGAAAUUGCUCUUUUCUUCUGAGCAUGCUGCAAUUCUACCUUUGAGUGCGCACGUACUAACCCUGAUAAGUCACAUUAACCAAUAACUAGUCAAGUACAGCCUACAAGAUAAGACGUCACAAUUAGGAACUGGUACUGCAGCCAAUAAACUUCUAGUACGUCAAGACUCUGUUGAAUGUAAGCUAUAAAAAUGUGAUUCCAGGCCGGACUCAUCGUCGGCCCUGAUUUGAGCUCUCUGCUCCUCGGUCGAACUGUUUGCAAACAAUAAACCUAGAUGGACCCAG